GAUAAAGAGGGAAAGACGAAUAGAGGUGUUAAAUAUUGUAUAGACUGCCAAGAGUUUUUGUGUACUGUAUGCGUGAAUAAACACAACAGUGUUUCUGUUUUCGCUGGACAUUCUUUACUUGAUAGGUCAAAAUUUAGAACAUUAGGCGGAUCAAAAGACGAACACACUGCCUCUUUGCAAACAAAGAGACACAAUUUACAUUCAACGAAGGUAUUGGACGGAGAUCAAAAGAGACGUUCAGACAAGCGCCAAAGGGAUAAGCUAGUAGAACCAAGAACCAAGUUAUAUACAUUUGAACAUAUAGGCACAUACAACAUAUUUCUACCUAAAAAGAAAGAAAUCAGUCAGGUAUGGUCAUUAUGCAUACUUGAUUCUUGUGACAUACUUAUUGCUGACCGUUAUAACAAUAAUUUGAAACUUCUAGAUGGCAAAACAUACCGAAAUAAAGAAAAAGUUGAGCUUUCUGAUACACCUAAUUCUGUUUGUAAAGGUCGGACACAUGAGGCAAUAGUCGCUUUAGAAAAUGAAGGCAUACAAUUCGUAUCUACGAAGAAGAAUCUUGUUCUUACCAAUAUAUUAAGGAUGGAUCAUAUUUGCUUGGGUGUUUGUAUGAUUUCUUCGAAUAUAUAUGUCACUGACGGUAAAAACAGAAAUAUUUUUAAGUAUGACUUGGAAGGAAAGCUAUUAAAGACAAUUUCUGGAGAAACAAUAUUUGGGUGGAACCAAAUUUUUAGUAGCCAGUGACGAUGGAAAAGCUCUGUUUGUAACUGAUAGGGACGAAGGAUUGGUAAAAAUGGAUCUUGAAGGCAAUGUCAUCUGGAAACUACCAGAAAAUGCUUUUGGAGAAGCAUUCAACUUAUGCACAGACGGAUUUGAAAAAUAUUUUCGUUGCUUGUAAUGAUUCUUGUAAUGUAGUUCAAGUAACAUAUGAUGGAGAGUGUCUAGGAAGGGUGGUGAAAGACAAGUUUAGGACUGAUGCCACGGGGAUUUGUUUCGACAGAAAUACAUCGAAACUUGUUGUUGGAGAAAUGGAUGGGAGCAGGAUACAUGUUUAUUCGGUGAGGUAGGAAAAUGACAAUCGUAGAAGAACUUCACAGCUCGUGUUUGGUUAAAUAAUAUAA